AUGCAGACAGUGCAUGGGCUGCCUGAUGUGGGCAGCCAUGGCAUCUGGCUGGACUUAGAGGACUUUGUGUCCUGCGAUGACAAAGUACGGGAGGACGACCUCCGUUCCCUCAGCUUCCCGAGCAACUGGCCUGCGGCCUACCAGAGCGAUGCCUUGAGGGCAUUAAUCGGAAAGCGUGGCCGUUUGCCAGGCAAGCGCGUCGCGGUGGCUGGCGAGCCUUCACCAGCAGAGCAGGGCAGUGUGGAGUGUCACGCCAUGGCGGCACAGAAAAAGGAGAAGAAUCCCUUCCUCCCCGACCAGGGCCAAUCUUGCUGGAUUUGGUUCGCACCGAAGACUGGGAAGAACGACGAGAAGCCCUCAACCCGGGAUGCUGCUGCCCUGCCCCACAACGCAGCAGCCCACGAGGCCAGACUUCAAAAAGGACUCUGGGGCAAGAAGGCCUAUCGCCUGUCCCCGGCCGUCUUCGUUGCAGAUGCCUUCGAUGGCACGGCCUUGGUCAGGGAGCGCAGCGCCACGGGCAUGGCAAGCAUCAAGGUCAAAGCCGGGCUGAUCCUGCCUUGGUACGAGGGCCUCCUGGUCCUAGAAGAGUUGAUGCGGAAGAAUGAAAACGAGGACAGCUGCCCCUGGGUCACCGAAUUACUCGAUGUGAUAUUAAAGGAAAAGUCGCAGAGAAAUAUCAGUGCCAGCCUUUAUGUCAGCAAGAGUCUGCUGAACGCUGCUGUCACAGGGCCUGCCUUCGUUACUCGGGAGGGCCGAAUCGUGGCCCACAGGCGUAGCCCGCUUCGAGAUGACAGCCAGCUGACAGAAGCCGAGGUUUCUCCACCCGGUUGGUAUAGGGUGGAUAGGCUCGAGAGGUACCUCCCGCCAUGGGAGGCCUUCGCCCAUCCCAAGUGCGGGCUCUAUCAAGACUUCUACCUGGUGCAGUGGAGCCCUCCUCUGGAAAUGGAGAGCUUUGAAGACACCCCGCAAGGGGAGCCUGGCUUUCCAAAGUGCACCUGGGAGCCCGACGAAUGCUUGCCGGACGAUCUGGAUGCUCUGCGCAUCUCGGCGAAGAAGCGGUGGCUGGAGGGGCAGAAGGAGCGCGAGAAAAAGGUCACCCGAAAUCCAAGCUUCACCGAAGACAACAAGGAACAGGCCCGCGGUACAAAGCGAAUGGCAAAUGGCGAUGUAGCGGAAACCGCGAAGGCAACAUUCCGCGAUGUUUCCGGCAAGGUGCUUCACGGGCUCCGGGAGGAGCUAAAGCCGGAGAUCAGCGAGGAAGAGAAGGGCAAAAUCAAAGAAGGGUGGCCCAAACAUGAAGGAGAGUACCCCACGGGCUAUGGCCCAGCUAUGCCGCCGGGCUUCUGUCAACAAGAGUGCCGGUGCAUGGAGGACUGGCAUGUCGGCGAGGUAGACCUUGACAGGAAAUGGCUCAAAAACGCCCUCAGGGAUCAGGCGGUGGAAAGGGCUGUGAGCGGCUUCAAGUUGCAGGAGGGGAUGCUGCGAAUCAGAGGGGGAUAUUCUGGCCAUGCUUUCCUCGAGCCCCUUAGGGCUGCUGACCGAGAGUUCGCACUUUCAGGUUUCCAGAGGCAAAGACAGGCUGCGACCCAGGUGGCCAUGGUCGUCAUCCAGUGCGUGAAGCAAGCGGUGAUGCCACUACCACUGGCGGCAGCUCUGGAUGCAAGCGCUGGGGACCUUUUGCAUUCCCUCUACAUCUUGGACGAAAGCAAGGAGGAAGGCCCAGAAGACGACGGCCACGCAGGCGGCCCUUUCCAACCGCUCAGGUUCGAGAAGCUUUCCGGCCCAGACUGGAUCCUGGUCGAUCAGAGCACAGGACGUAUUGGCACGAUAGCGAAGGACACGCCACGUGCUUUUAAGGCCGAAAGCUUCACCGUAGCCGUCGACUUCUGCGGAGUCGUGAAGCGCUGGCGCAUGGACCUGAAAAUCGGACCUAACAAGCCGCCUGUACCGGAGAAUCUCCGGACGUGUACGGCCCAGAUCAUGGAUGUGCUCGGCCAGGUGCCGCAGCUGAAAGAGAAGUGCAUCGAAAUGAUCAAGCUCGUGUACGACGACCAAAGCAAAUCUGUUCGGAAGAAGGUUACACUGGCACAUUGGCUUCGACAGAUGAAGAAGGUCUACAUCAUGGUUGCUGGUGUCACGUGCUAUCCGCUGCAAAGCUUCAGCAAUGCUGAGCAGCUGUCAGCGAAAUCGCGGCUGGGCCUCGUGCGUGGCUGGGCCGUGUACGAGCGUGGCGACCGGCCCGGACACUUUGUCGCAGAGCGGUAUUGGUGGAACUGUCAUCCAGACGGACGGUGGGUCGAUCUAACUCCGCGCCCAGAGGGUCUCCACGAGCUGCUGCUGGUGGAAGCCCCCGGCAGCGAGAAGCAGCGGGGUGCUUCGACGUCCGUCCAGGCGGACUUUGCUCGUCGGCUCCUCACUUGGCGAUUUCCGAAGUUAGCUGCCAGCAUAGCGGCGGUGGGACGGCCCGCACAGCCCGCGCAAUCACAGCCAGCAAAGCCUGAGCAACCAUCGCAGCCGGCAUCGCGACAGACGACGAAGGUUUUGGAUUAUUCGAAGUGGAGCAACAUCGUCGACUCAGAUGAAGAGGAGGCUCCACAGCGGAGGGAAGAUGAAGCAGAUGUGGGGGUCAAGGACUUGGCAGAGGGGAAGACAAAGAAGAAACCUGUUCUUCCUGUGCCUGACUUCCUCCAGGGCAGCACUGCUGGAGGAGGUGGCACAAAUUGCUUGCUCUCCUUGUUGAAGCUGCUAGAUUCUGAGGAGAAGAAGGAGGAUCACGCGCACAGCUUGGCCCAGGUCUUCGGCCGCAGCUUCCACUCCGCAAUGCUGGAGCGACCAAGGCAGAGUUUCUACAAGCGUGCCCUAGCCAGCUUGGACAAGGACGUUUUCGUGGUGGUGCUCGGGAUCGGCUCGGUCCUGCCGCUGUUGGAAGCCGCCCGCAGCUUCCGUGGGAUCCUGCUGGAGACGUCGACCAAGCUGGCAGAGGUGGCAGAGCAACUCCUCAAAGCCAACAAACUCAGUUUUCCGACUGCUGUGAUCAAAGAAGGCUUGGACAAUGCAGAGGCUGUCCGGGACACGAUCUCGAGGAAGCUGCCUAAGGCAGCAUCCGUCUGCGUGGUCACCGAGAGGAUGGCGCACGACUUGCUGUCGAACGGCAUCGUGCCUGCGUGUGUCACUGUGCACCAGGCGUUGCGACACUGCGGGGCGAAAUCCAUCCGGCACCUCCCGAAGACCGUGGAGUUGCUGGCAGCACCUGCGGAGAUUAGAUCAGAAAGGCUCUUGGAGUUUGAUCUGCGACCUUUCAACACCCUCCGUCACACAUCCUCCAACGACAAAGCAGACUUUUGGUGGUGGCCGGUACGGAUGGGGAGCCAGCCCAACACGAACUGUGCUCUCUUGGGGCCUGCGAAAACGCUUUGCGGCUUUGAUUUCGACCGUUCGCCUGAGAUCACUCUGGAUGAGGUCCGGAGGCCAAUGAAGCUCCAAGCGGACAAGCGUGGUCGCUGUAAUUGUGUCGCUGUGUGGUGGGUCGCAAAGUUCGGAGACGAAGAGUAUUCAACACGUCCUGAUCUGGAGAACCGGGACGCUCCCCCGAAUGGACACUCUGAGUGGAAGCAGGCCGUUCACUACCUCGCAGGCGAGACGUCUGUCUUCCAGGGAGAUGUGAUUGACUUGCAGGUCUCCGUGACCCCACGCUUCACCUUCCGCAUGAUGCAAGAAAGCCCAAUGUCAGUGGAGGUGCCCAUGUGGGUGCAGGCUCCGACAAGCACUAAAUUCUCAGCGACGCUGCCCAUCCUGCCUUAUCAUUUUUUGAUGAUGACAGACAUGGAGAGGGCUCAGGUUUACCAGCGGGCGAUUCGCGAUGCAGUGCAAGCCCAGCGGAAAAAGCUCGGCCGCCGACCCCGGGUGUUGGACGCAGGGUCUGGCAUUGGCCUGCUCGGCAUGAUGGCGGCGCUGGAGGGUGCAGAAGUUUGGCUUUGUGAAGCUGUGCCCCUGAUGCGCCAGACCUGCCGUGAGGUGGUGGCAGCCAACGCAGCACUGAUCACCGAAAAGCGCGGUAUGGUGAACUUACUGCCCCCGAUGAUGUCAACCAGGCUCGUGGUUGGCGAGGACGUAGCGGAGAAGUUCGACAUAGUCAGGUCGUCUCGGAGGCCGGUCUCAGCUGCACCGCGAAGUGAAUCGGAGACCGUGAUGGACCUCUGGUGCUUGGGUGCGAUGCAUGGUUCGGAUACGAACAUGCGCUUCGAAGGUCGCUGUAUGCUGGCCCGAGGCGAAGGCAUCAUUCCCACGAUGCGCCAUGCGCACAAGAAGCUUCUGGCUGAGACCGGCGUGCUCGGGCCCUGGUGCAAGAUUGAGAGGGAGGAUGCUGCCCGGACGUUUGCAGAUCUUCGUGCAACCGCUGGAACUCUCACUCUGGGGCCAGCCUGGGUCAAGAAGGAGAACGGCGGGGUUGACCUGCAGGCGAUCGGCCAGCACUUUAAGAGCAAGUUCUCGGCUGUGAGGAUUGACCAGUUUCCCCGGCGGUACCUGACCGAUGAGCCCAUUGUUGCAAUGGAGGUGAACCUUUCCUGCGUGCCUCCGCAGCCCGCCGAGGGUGAGCCCAAUGUGGAGAACGACGUGAAGCUGUGCAUCAGAAUGGGUGGCAAGGCUGCCUUGCGGGCGAAGGUCUCGAGCGUCAAGGUGGAUCACAGUGGCAUGCUGUCAGGAUAUGGCAUUUGGUGGUCAGCGGACCUCGGAAACGGUCAUGUGGUGACCAGCAACCCGAGCAGUCCGCAAAGGAGCUGGAAGCAACUGAUCCGCUGGCUCGAUGCCCCUCGCUUCGUGUCCACUGGGGAGGACAUCCAGGCUGAAACCAUGCCUUGUGUAGCAUGCGGCGAUGGCGAACGAGAGUAUGUUGCAGAGGUCUUGACAUGCUACAACGACCACCAGGUCAGCUGGAGCCUCUGUGGCUUUGUGCUUACCUUCUACAAAUCAGCAGAGGUUAACGUCGAGGAUAUCUACCUCCCUCGCGAAAUGGUAGACAAGUACCAGGAGGAGCUGCUGGCUGCGCAGAGCCAGGACCUCGCGUUACCCAAGAAGCAACCAGCACAUGAGGAUGGGCCAAAGAUGUUUGCGCGGGUUACCGAGACAGACCGUGCUCGGGCCUUGCAGCGCCCACCCCUGAUCUUGUCGUGCUCGAGGCGGACGGACGUGCCCUGGGCAUUUCUGCGGCAGUACCUGAAGGCCUUCCGCGAAGGUUUCAUGUACGUGUGCUUUGCAUUAGCUGGCGGCUCAACGCAGAAAGUUCACAAGCUUUGCAGAGCUUUUGUGGUCGAAGUGGGCCAAGUGGGGUACUUCCAUGCAGCUAAGUGGUCGAAGAACUAUUCAAAGUGGAUUGAGGAGUUCAAAAGGGAGGACAGCAUUCUCCACAGCUACCGGGUGCACAUGUUCAACUUCACGGUGAACUCCGAUGAUCUCGUGCUGGAACCCGGUAUGGCUGCACCGCUGCAAGAGCGGCUAGAGCAGGUCACCUGGCUGGCCACUCGCUUCGGUCCCCAUGCGCUAAACGUGCGCUUUGACCCCAUCGUGCAUUAUCGGCGAUUGCCGGGUCUUGGUCUCCACGACAACCUGCAAGACUUUGAGCAGAUCGUGCGACACAUUGGCAGCCUUGGGAUUCGCCACAUCACCUUCAGCUUCUGCAAACCUUACAAGCAGUCCGUGCGAAAUAUGCUCUCGGCGGGCGUAGAGCUGGUAGCGCUGUCGGAUGCACAGCAACGACAGGUCCUAGAUCGCUUGCUGCCCAUAGCGGCACUGAGCAACGUGGAGCUGCGCUGCUGCUGCGACAGCGGGCUCGUGGGCUACCGCAUGGCGUCGCCAGUCGCUGUGCCUGAGGUCAGGAAGCUGCGGCGAUGGGGGCCUCAAGAAGGACAAGAAAGACGGGAAAGAGGGCAAAGAGCUCCUCGCUGCACCGCUGGUCCCGGAGGUCGGGGAGUCGCGAUGCCUGGACGCUCGGCUAGCAGAUCGUCUGGCCCGCGAUUUGGGAUUGACGGUGACUUUCCCGCACCAGAAAGAUCGGGGCCAGCGCGAGCAGUGCAACUGCACUGGGAGUAG